CAUGGAGUUGCCACAUCGGUGGUAAAGAACCAGAAUUAGUUCAGCGAAAAACUGUUCUUUUUUGGAACCAAAACAAUUCCGGCGCGGCUCAUAUCAAAUAUGUCUAAAAUCACAAAAAACUCCAAUAAAAUUGACAUUAAGGAUUCUAGCAGCGGGGAAGAUUCAAAUAGUGGCGACAAUAACACGUCCACAAGUUCCAGUGACUUUGAAACUAGCAGAAAACACAAACUACGUCGCAGAUCCUGUCGAAAUGUAUCAUAUCAUUAUCAUGCGCUGCCCAUGCGCGUAGUUGGCGAAAAUGCUGCAGCACUGGCACAAACUCCCAGCACCACUCGUGAUUUAACAUUAAGCUCAGCUCAAAUAAUUGAAGACAGUUCCGAUUCUGAGUUUCAUAUUUCAAACGAUACCAGCAACGAUGAGCCGGCCAACAAAUCGAUAACGUUUACAGCACGUCCAUUAGAGAAGUAUGAUUUAGAAUAUAUAAGAAAAUUUCGUAAGCGCAAAAAGAAGCCGAGUAAAACUUUGUAUGUUGAUUAAAUUUCAAAUAACAACUGUUGACCAGGGCUGGUAAAACCAAAUGCCCAACAGUUAGCCAACACUGGCAACCCAAGCCAGGGUUGGCUAGUGCGUUUUUGGAGUAGUGGUAAAUUUUUACGAGCAUAACUAUUUACACUGAUUUUAUGUAAAUAAAACAAACAAAACGUAGCAAAAUUAA